AGAAACUUCAAAACAAUGUUCUCAGUACUACAUAAAGAAGAAUAUGCACAUAGUGGAUCCAUUUGGACUUGUGCUUGGGGACAUUUUAAACCAGAACCCGAGGAAGAGCCUGAAGAAAUCCAAGAGACUCCAGAAAAUCCAGAGGAAAUAGAAAAUCCAUUUGCACCAAAAGAAAAGAAACCUGUAAAAGAAGAAUAUGAUUUUAUUGUGUCGGGAGCAAUUGGAAAUCCAGAAACUGAAGUUAAAGUUUGGCGAGUAGAUGAUGAUAAAUUAACUCAUUUGCACAGCUUAGCUGGACAUUCGCUAGGAAUUGUAAGCGUUGAAGUGUCGCCAAAUGGAAAAUACAUUGCAAGCAGUUCCUUAGACUCAACAUUAUGCAUUUGGAAUUCAGAAGAUGGAAAACUCUUGAAUCAAGUAUCUCUUGGGCCAGUUGAUUUAUGGACAGUAGCUUUUUCACCUGAUAGUAAAUAUGUUAUUUCUGGAUCGAAUGAUGGAAAAAUUUCAAUGUAUAAUGUCGAGAAUGGCAAAGUAGAUCAAAUUCUAGAUCCUCAAAAUGGAAAAUUUACAUUAAGUCUCGCAUACAGUCCUGAUGGCAAAUAUAUAGCAUCUGGUGCUCUCGAUGGAAUUAUCAAUAUUUUCGAUGUUCAAGCUGGAAAAGUUGUUCAGACAUUGGAAGGUCACGCAAUGUCAGUAAGAAGUUUAUGCUUCUCACCAGAUUCUCAAAUGUUACUUACUGCUUCCGACGAUAGACAUAUGAAGCUUUAUGACGUAGCUCAUUCUGAUGUUGUUCAAACGCUUUCGGGCCAUUCAAGUUGGGUUCUUUCCGUGUCAUUCUCAGGAACAGGUAAGCGAUUUGCAUCAUCAUCAUCUGACAAGACAGUCAAGAUUUGGGAAGUUAAUGAACGAAAAAAUAUUCAUACAUUCAAUGAUCAUCAGGAUCAAGUUUGGUGUGUCAAAUACAGUCCAUACAAUGAUCGAGUUGUGUCUGUUUCUGAAGAUAAAUCAAUUAUACUUUUCGACUGUCCUGCAAAUGUAUUUUAAAAAGUAAUAAAGUGAAACUGAUUUUGUAAGACCAAAAAA